GUCUCCGCCCACCCUCAAAAAGAGAAGAAAAUCCGAUAUUUAUUUAUUAUUAAAAAAGAAUCGUACAAUAAGGUUUUAGAGACAAAGCUUGCUUUCAUUUUGGGUGGAUGGUCCGAUCAAAAUUCAAAUGGCCUCCGGACCUUCUCCUUACCACACACACAUUCCUCUCCCUUCCGACUCCGAUGACAAACCCCUAAAGCAUGAAGCUGAUUUAUCUGUGGUUCCCAUCUACAUUGUAACACAUGCUUCUCAACUUCCUGCUGAAUUUUUGGAACCAUCAUCUGAAAGACAAUUGAUCAUUGGGUUUGAUUGUGAAGGAGUUGAUCUAUGUCGCCAUGGAACACUCUGUAUCAUGCAGCUUGCAUUUUCAGAUGCUAUAUAUUUAGUUGAUAGCAUUCAGGGUGGAGAGAUGCUUAUCAAAGCCUGUAAGCCUGCACUCGAGUCUAGUUACAUCACAAAAGUUAUUCACGAUUGCAAACGGGAUAGUGAGGCAUUAUAUUUUCAGUUUGGCAUCAAGUUGAAUAAUGUUGUGGAUACUCAGAUUGCAUACUCAUUGUUAGAGGAGCAAGAAGGACGAGCACGCACACCAGAUGACUAUAUAUCAUUCGUUAGCCUCCUUGCAGAUCCACGUUAUUGUGGCAUAUCUUACCUUGAGAAGGAAGAAGUUCGAGUUCUUUUAAGACAGGACCCCAAGUUUUGGACAUAUAGACCAUUAUCUGAAAUGAUGGUCCGGGCAGCUGCAGAUGAUGUCCGCUUUCUUCUCUACAUAUAUAACAAGAUGAUGGAGAAAUUGAGCCAACGAUCAAUGUGGCAUCUUGCAGUUCGUGGUGCUCUUUAUUGCAGAUGUUAUUGCAUCAACGACAAUGAUUAUGCUGACUGGCCAUCUCUCCCUCCUAUUCCAGAUAACAUAAUAGCAGAGCAGAAUGCUCCUGAGGAAGAAAUCCUGUCAGUUCUUGAUGUUCCACCUGGCAAAAUGGGACGUGUUAUUGGGAGAAGAGGAGCGUCCAUUAUGUCAAUUAAAGAAUCUUGCAAUGCGGAAAUUCUAAUUGGAGGUUCUAGGGGUCCACCUGACAAGAUCUUCAUUAUAGGACUGGUGCAGCAGGUGAGAAAAGCAGAAGCCAUGUUGAGAGGAAGGAUGCUAGAAAUGUACUAAGCAACAUGUUGUGUUUGUCUUCUGAAAACCAUGUAAGAAGCAAUUUUAAAUAAAAAUACAAAUUCUGAUAAUGAUGGAAUCUGGUUUCGGUAUAUCUCCUAUCUAUCAAAUAAAUAAAUAAAUAAAAAGAAAAUGAAACAGUAUCUCCUAUUAUUGGCUCA